AGCUAUUGCUCCCCCCUCCUCUAAAAAAUACCCAAACAAAAAACCCUCCUAUUCUGAUGUCACAGAAGUGCCAGCCUUAUUCACACGCAGCAUAUCCGAAGCAAGCCUAGGUAUACAAUACAGCAGCAUGUAACUGGAGUGCUCAUGCAGUAUAUUGUCCAAGAAGCAAGUGAGAGAGAAUUAACUGUCUUUUUUCCUGCAUGUUCUUUGAAAACCUAGGCAACAGGCUGCUCAAACAAGAUGCGCUCAUGUCGGAAUUUAAGUAGAAGAGAAAGAAACUGUGUCACAAGCAUCGCUGGAGAAUAAAAUUGCAAGAGUCAAGCAACAAUAAUUGAAUCCAGAGAAUCAGAGAGAGAACUGGCAAUUACAGAUCAUGAAGGAAAUCACCUACACAAAAGGACACCAAAAAUCUAGUUUUGCAUUUUUAGAAGUUCACAAUCUGAUACCCUUAUCCUAAGGAUUUAUAUCAGGAAUUUAAGAACGCUCAUGUUUAAGAUCUACAUAGUUUUUCUCCGUGGUGACGCUUCUGGGACAUCCUGUUUUUCUGGAACUGCAACUAUAGGCACCCUUUUGUGAGGAGACACAACUGUGAAAAAAUAUUCAGUGGUAUCACAAUGGGAGUAACAAUACAAAAUGUUACAGGAAGCACAGCAAUGGUAAUUUGGCCAACGAUGGCUAGUUGUGCUGACAGCUUUUACAGUAUUAUGUAUCAUCCCAACUGGAACAACAUGCUGUCAGGUUAUUCAAGAAAAAAUUUUCAGAAAGAAGAGCGAGUGCCUGCUAGUCGGUCCUCAUUCGUCAUCGAAAACUUAACUCCACUAACCACCUACAUCUUGUGUGUAACCUGCCAAUCUGCAAACCCCUCCAGUGACCAGUGCAGAAUUUUUCACACAUUGGAAGAAGAUCCAGCAUCCGCAAGCAACAAAAAAAAAGAACUGGCCUUGGGCAUCUGGCUAACUAGCAGUAUUCUGCUUCUCAUCAUUGCCGGGAUCCUCCUUUAUGGCUGCCUACAUAUAUGGUGCCGCAAGAGACGAGAACGGGCAGAGGGACAAAACAUCCCCUCUGAACAGGACAAGGGGGAAGCUUGGACAAUAAACAAGUCACACACCACAGAGGAGUUUCAGAGGCAAGACAGAUUAGUCCAAAGUGCUGAGGGUAAGAAUGCAGAUGAUAUCCAACUGGCCACAAUAAUAGAAAAUCCCUUAACUUCUAAAGAGCCGGCUAUGCAAACUUCCAAAAGCCAGGAAAUAGUGCUAAUGACAGCUGGGCCAUUAUAAUGGGUAACGACCACUGCACAGAUUUACUGUGCACUAUAUGUAAAAUAUUUUCACCCACUGAGUUCUAUAUCUUUUUCAGUUUGUAUGGGUGGUGUUUAACUAUUACUGAUGCAUUCUCAACAGUCUUACUCACAAUUGCCACUAUAAUCAACCCACAUACAGCUGGAAGAUUCUCAAUACUAGGGUUUACAACUAAGUAUUCUUUUGAUUUUAUUACAAAAAAAUCAAGCACAUAGCACAGAAAUUAGAGGGUAUUUUUUAACUUUCAUUUUGGAGGGAGGAAAUAAGGUUUACUUCAAAAUAAAUACACAAAUGAAAAGGUCAAAGAGAAUUAUUAUUAAAUAAUAAAUCAAGCUGAACUGAAAAUUGCUUCUGGGAACCUGUAAACGCAUGCUGCCGGCAGCUGGAACACAAAUGACUACGUCGAUAAUGGCCUGUCAUCUUUUUUUAUCCACAUCAUUCAGAAUCAGGUUGCUUCUCAAACUACAGUUCAUUGCUGUUGACAUUUCCAUUCAAAACAAGUUCUAGUUCUAGGACAUUAGCUAAAUUCGUUAAUAUUUGGGAGGGAAGGAGGAAGGGUUCCUAUUUCACCCAGUUUAAAAAUGCACUCAGGAUGGUGACAUCAGCAAGAGGUGCUCUAACCACACCGUAAGAGGUUAAGAGAUUCUCUAGCUUAAUGCUGCAGCAAUAGGAGCAAAGUGUUCAUUGCACAGCAUGGAAAGAGGAGAUCAUGAGACCCAAAACCAUGACUCCAUUACUUUGUCCCUAAACUAAUGGGGAAGGACAAAACACAAUGGAAGGAUUUUAUCUAGCCCCCAAUUUCUGUUAAUGUACCAAGAGUAAAAGCAGCUAAAGCAUGAGUGAGUAAGGUACAUUUAUUUUUGAAAUUAUAUGCAACGAUAUUUGUCCUGAAGAUCUUGGCAAGCUGCCAACACUGCUACUGAAGUGGAAACUUGGAGCACCGUGGCAGAACAAUAUGUCUAGUCUGUUUUCACACACACACAUGUCAUGGUUUUACAUCUAUUAAGCACAUACUUCUUUCUUUUCAGUCAAUGUAUUUUAAUGUUAUGGUCCAAUAUGGUACAUGUGUGACUGUACAAUAUACUGUAAUUGUCUGCAUUUAUUUUUAACUAAUAUUGAAGAAUGUAUAUUUAAACUCAACAUUCAUUUAGCCAGGUUGAGCUCUCUCAUCAGCCAGAGAAGGGUAACUGUUAGCAUAGCCAUUACUAUCAAUUCUACUGGCUUCUGCAACCCAAAGUGGUCUAUUACAAAAAUCUGAGAAUACUGCACCCAUUUAAACGCUUCGCAACAGGCAGUGUGCCUUUUCCAGCUACUCCACUCCUACAGUGUUUCAGUUAUUCUGUGACUGAUACGUCAGUUUUCUUAGUGCUAAUGCAAAUCACACAUACGGAAAUCACAGCUAGCACAAACAGAAAACAAAUCUGUUCUACUCGCAUGCCAUUGGGAAAUACACAACAUAAUUGUGUGCCAAAGGGAUGGUGACUCUCCUGUCAUAGGAAUAUGCUCAAAAUUAUAUUUCUGUACUAAAUUAACCUUGAUACUCAAUCUGUAAAUGUUAAAUAAUAUCAACUACAUAUUUUUUCCAAUUGAUUGUGUUUUCCUUUUGUCUUACACAUACUCUCUUAAAUAAAUUGCAUCUGAUCUUGAAAAUCAUUGGUAUUCCAAAUGGAGAUAAUUACUUAAAAAGGCACUAAUAAUCAAAAUAAAUGCUGCUCAGAAACUAAAGUUGUCCCUACAGUUUUGCCUCCAAAACAAAUGCAGAGAAAUAAACUACUGCACACCUCUUUUAUGAGCCUAAAAUCAAUUAUGGUGAAAUACUUAUUCUAGCUAAAUUUGUUUAGAGCAGAGAUACGCGUACAAGGAGGAAAGAUUAUCCUGGGGUUAUGGCAUAGCUCUGUGAGAGAAGAGACCUGGCUCUGUUCAAAGCGCUGAUAAUGGCUUAUAGCAUAACUGCAUAACUUCUCUGUACUUUACUUUCCUAAUUUAUGACAAGGGGACCGUCAUCAUUCCAGGCUGACCUGACAUGCUUCCUUACAGGAAGGCAUAAGGUUACUGGUGAGCCCUUACUUGAUUUUCCCAUCCUCUAGUGCAGUGGUGGAAAACCUGCAGCCCGAGGGCCACAUGUGGCCAAUUAGGGUUCUAUGUUGGCCCACAAGACAUUUUGUUCACCGUUGUCCACAUGCAGGGUCGCCAAACUCUACUGGUUUUCAUCUGUGUCUUUUCUUCCUACUUGCAUUACUAAAGUGACAUGCACAUAAAGCAAGGGCAUGUGAAGUGAAGGGCUAUGUUGAUUGUACACAACAUUGACCAUGAGAGCUGUGUACGUCCUCUGAAUCCAGUCAAAGUGCUACUACAGUUCAAGUGGCACAACCCACAAAUUCUAGGUAUUCAAGCACAGUGAACCAAACUACCCUAUCCCAGGAGACUAUUUUGAUUCCAUAAUCUUGCAGUCCAUUGAGAUGGAAGGCCAUCCAUGCAGCUUUCAAGGUCCAUUGCUGCUCUAGCGGAUCAACAAGCCAAAACA